AUGAGUAUUAAUCAUCAUAAGACGAAAAAUCAUGAAUCCACUACUACUACUACUACUACUACUACUACUACUACUACUACUACUACUACUACUACUACUACUACUACUACUACUACUACUACUACUACUACUACUACUACUACUACUACUACUACUACUACUACUACUACUACUACUACUACUACUACUACUACUACUACUACUACUACUACUACUACUACUACUACUACUACUACUACUACUACUACUACUACUACUACUACUACUACUACUACUACUACUACUACUACUACUACUACUACUACUACUACUACUACUACUACUACUACUACUACUACUACUACUACUACUACUACUACUACUACUACUACUACUACUACUACUACUACUACUACUACUACUACUACUACUACUACUACUACUACUACUACUACUACUACUACUACUACUACUACUACUACUACUACUACUACUACUACUACUACUACUACUACUACUACUACUACUACUACUACUACUACUACUACUACUACUACUACUACUACUACUACUACUACUACUACUACUACUACUACUACUACUACUACUACUACUACUACUACUACUACUACUACUACUACUACUACUACUACUACUACUACUACUACUACUACUACUACUACUACUACUACUACUACUACUACUACUACUACUACUACUACUACUACUACUACUACUACUACUACUACUACUACUACUACUACUACUACUACUACUACUACUACUACUACUACUACUACUACUACUACUACUACUACUACUACUACUACUACUACUACUACUACUACUACUACUACUACUACUACUACUACUACUACUACUACUACUACUACUACUACUACUACUACUACUACUACUACUACUACUACUACUACUACUACUACUACUACUACUACUACUACUACUACUACUACUACUACUACUACUACUACUACUACUACUACUACUACUACUACUACUACUACUACUACUACUACUACUACUACUACUACUACUACUACUACUACUACUACUACUACUACUACUACUACUACUACUACUACUACUACUACUACUACUACUACUACUACUACUACUACUACUACUACUACUACUACUACUACUACUACUACUACUACUACUACUACUACUACUACUACUACUACUACUACUACUACUACUACUACUACUACUACUACUACUACUACUACUACUACUACUACUACUACUACUACUACUACUACUACUACUACUACUACUACUACUACUACUACUACUACUACUACUACUACUACUACUACUACUACUACUACUACUACUACUACUACUACUACUACUACUACUACUACUACUACUACUACUACUACUACUACUACUACUACUACUACUACUACUACUACUACUACUACUACUACUACUACUACUACUACUACUACUACUACUACUACUACUACUACUACUACUACUACUACUACUACUACUACUACUACUACUACUACUACUACUACUACUACUACUACUACUACUACUACUACUACUACUACUACUACUACUACUACUACUACUACUACUACUACUACUACUACUACUACUACUACUACUACUACUACUACUACUACUACUACUACUACUACUACUACUACUACUACUACUACUACUACUACUACUACUACUACUACUACUACUACUACUACUACUACUACUACUACUACUACUACUACUACUCACACUACUACUCACACUACUACUACCACCUUACAUAAUCACACGAUCAAAAAUAUUUUCUCGACUCAUUCACCCUUUCAA